AUGGAUCUACCAUCAACAUUCCACUUCCAAGGCUGGAAUAUCCGAUAUAAACUUGCAGGAUCCAUUAACACCACGGCAUUAAAUCAAUCACAAUUAAAAUCCUUAGUCUUUGUCCACGGUACACCAUGGUCCUCUGCCGUUUUCCAACCCGUCAUCAAAGCACUACUAGCCAAGCCCUCAUAUCAAAUCCUCAUCUACGACCUUCCAGGCUACGGACAGUCACAAGAAUUCGCUCCCUCCGCUCCAAGCAGCACGGCGACUACCUCCCCAGAAAUACAAUUAUUUCAAGGCGACACAUCUGUGAAAUUUCAAGCCAAGGCUCUGGCGGAACUGCUCAAACACGUGCAGCUAGACGGCAAACCAGACCACGCAGCACCAGCAGUCAUAGCGCACGAUAUAGCUGGCACAAUUGUGCUACGAGCUCAUCUGUUGGAAGCGUGUGAGUUUGAUACCAUGAUGCUGGUCGAUGCCAAUGCCGUGCUACCCUGGGGAGACGGGUUCUACAAGCUCGCGCGAGAAGAGCCGGCGUCCUUCUUGAGAUUGCCGCCGAGGAUCUUCGAAGCAGUUGUGCGGGCUGUGAUCCAAAGCGCUGUCCACGAUCCGAGUGUGCUGAAGACUGGGUGGGAGGAUGCUCUUGCGCGGCCUUGGAUAGGCGGCGAAGCUGGUGAACGACAGAAGAGUUUUGUUCGUCAGAUUGCGCAGGCGGAUGAUGGAGAUGUGGCAGAGAUGCUGGAGGGCGGUUUCUAUGGGCGUGUAAGGUGCGAUGUGAAGAUCGUGUGGGGGGAGCAAGACCAGUGGAUUCCGAAAAAUAAAGUGGAAGAUUUAAUCGGGAGGUUGAAUGAUCAGCCUGAAAGAUUCGCUAUCGAGGUAUUUGACUGGCUGACUCGAUUUGGAUCGCCUGGGAGCCUCAACACGUCUUGA